AUAAAGUGGAGGAAUUCCAUGGAGACUGGAACAACCUCCAGGAAGUGAUGCAGAGUGAAAGGAGCAGAACCAGGAGAACAUUGUACACAGAGACUGAUACACUGUGGUACAAUCGAACGUAUUGUACCUGCUGCAGUGCCUGGCAGCCAGACUGGGAGUGGUCAUGGGUCUGCAUCUUGCUGAAGUAUGUCAUCGCCAGUAUCCCAAGGUCCCCCGAAUUAUCCUGUGGCUCAUGGUGGAGACGGCCAUCAUAGGCUCAGAUAUGCAAGAAGUCAUAGGUUCAGCUAUUGCCAUCAAUCUCCUGUCUGCCGGGAGGGUUCCCCUGUGGGGUGGAGUUCUCAUCACCAUAGCAGACACCUUUGUAUUUCUCUUUCUGGACAAAUAUGGUUUGCGGAAACUGGAAGCAUUUUUUGGCUUUCUCAUCACUAUCAUGGCCCUCACGUUUGGAUAUGAAGUAAAUAUCAUAGAUUGUUUUAACAGAGCUAAGGGAGAAACCCCGGGCCAUUUUAAGUGAUUAUCAGUGCACAAUUUUCCAAUCAUAUUUUUAAGAUCUCUAUUCAUUCUCUCUACUUGGCCUGAGCUCUGGGAGUGAUAUGGUUCAUGGAAUUGG